AUGUUUGUGGACGUUUCCGGUGGCCGACACUUGGUAUCUGACGUUGCUUUCAGUGUUUUGUCAGUCAUCUCAGUGCCCAUCAGGCACACCUCUGAAGUAAGAACUGGUAUUGCGCACCAGGUUAAACCGAUCAACUCUCACCCGUUAUCAUCUCGGUGUUGCUUACAAUGUUUACCUAAGUCCGAACUUUGUUUAUCGAGAAUAGAUCGCAUCCGCGAAAAAAUCAUGCCACUUCAACUGAUUCGUCGUCUGUCUUUCAGACAUCGAAGAAAUCAGGAGAACGCUGAGAAGAAUAUGGCGCAAACGAUGCGAAAAGCAUCAUCGUGUAAAGGAUUGCAAAGAGGUGAACGUGUCCUUGAGGAUAAACCACGUUUACCCGAAGAUCUUCUCCUACGUAUCAUUGAUCAUUGUGAUUCAAUCGAACAGAUACGGAUGAGAGCUGUAUGUAGUACUGUGAAGAAUCAUGUCGAUAGAAAGAUUAAAAAGAUCACUCAUCUUAAUGUCGAAAAACGUGAUAUCGACACUGCGUCUGGAAGAGGAUGGGCUCGUCAUCGUCAUGCUCAAGUGUCGCUGAAAAUGCGUACGAACACCGCGAACAUUGUGGUUGACUCUCGGUGGACUUCACGCGAUGUGUCCACCAUUGUAGGAGCGAUGAGUGUGUAUCGCAAGACAGUACUCGAAGCGACCAUCGAUGCACCAAUAGCGGAAUUGCUGGUUGUUUCUCUAUCGGCUUUGGACCUCAAUCGUUGGUAUGCAUUCCAAUGCUAUAUGAAGGCCAUGGAUGUAUUCGAGGAAGAUAUGCAUAUGGACUGCGAUUUCGUAAACCCAGGAGAGGUUUACUGGCCAAAUAUUCAAAAUCUAACCGUUCGCACUACCGAACAUCAAGCACCCCAUCUUGCCAGAGUUAUUGACUACGGUGUACAAUGUAACUGGGUGUUAGAUCGGCGGAAUUUAUGCCGGUUGAGAAUAAUUUUCACUGAUUUGGAUGCCACACCGUCUCGGAAGGUUUCGAGGCACCUCUAUCACUUCAGAUGUUGGGCCGGCUCGGCUGGGUUCGAUCAUCGGUAUGAACAACAAUUCGCUGCUAAAGCGCAAAGCGUUAUGAUUUAA